GGGUUCGGGUGCGGCUUCAGAUAUCGGGUAAAGUGCCCACCCCUAACCACACUCACCUACGAGGCCGAAUAAAUAAACUAAUAGUAUACAUUUAUUUUAUAAGUUUUACUUUUAUAUUAAGUUUUAAAAACUAUAUUGAAUAGUUUUGGUUUAAAGUUUUAUAAAGUAAAAAUUAUACUGUUAGUUAAAUAUAUAAAUAUUUUAAUAUUCAUUUAUUCACCCUAACCGCAAACGCCAGUGAAAACCAGAUAUGAUGAAGUUUAGAGCGGUUCGAGACGAUUUGUAGCGUUUUGUGUGAUUGUUGUAGAACAUCAAAAUCCCUACAAACCGCAAAAGCUACGUUUGUGGAUGGUAGCACAAAACUAGUCAUACCCUUAACAAAGUGAAAUGAGCUGUCUUUAUAGUUAUAUUUUAAGUUUUUAUAAUUUAAAUUAAGAUAGUUUAAUUGUUUAUAUAUUUAAAUUAGACCAAGUUAUCUACAAUUAAAAUUUUCUUAUAAGAUUUAUUUGUUUGCUGGGAAAUAGAUAUUAGAUUGUUCUAGGAUUAGUUUUCACUUAUAUACAUUAUAUGUAUAAUUUUUGGAAUUAAACUUUCAGAUUUUAACUGAAUAAAUUAAAAUAUCAGCAAUCAAUUAAAUUAAAACAAUUUAUGAAACUUCACAUAUAAAUGACAUGUAGGAAAAAAUAAUUUAAGUAAUAUUUUUAGUAGGAUAGAUACUAAUAUAUUAAGGGAUUUAUUGUUACACAUCUUUCUAUUUAUUUUUAUUUUUUAUCUUUCUAUAUAUUGUGAUUUCUUAUCCUUCUAUAUAUGGGGUCAAAAAAAAAUCCUUCUAUAUAUUGUUAUUUUUUUAUCUAUUUAUAUUAAGAAUGAAAUCAUGAUGAUAUACAGUUCCUCUAUUUACAAAGAGUGUUAUUUUAUCACAUUUCACACUAUUAAAAAAUUGCAAAAAACACUAAUCUCCAUUUUUAAUGUAUAAUUAAUAAAAUAAAAAUGAUGUAAAGUAGAAUUUUGUUGGUUAUUUAAAAGGACAAAAAUAUGUAAAUCCAUAUUUGAAAUGUAAAAUGACAUUUAAAAAAAACAAAAAAAAAGAAUAAUCAUAGAGUGACAUUUUUUUAUGAAACAUAAUGAGUAUAAUAGCAAUACGAGGAAAGUAGACUUGCUAAAAAUCAAAUUAAGGAAAAUUGUUCUCCAAAGAUUUCGAAGCAAGCAGUGCAAACUACCAUCACCACCUAGAGUCAACUUCCAUUGCUUUCCAAAUAACAACACUUAUCCGUCACUCUAUAAAUACUCUUUCUUCCUGUUAUCACUUCCUCACCACAGCAGAACAAGCCAUAUACAUACAUAUACAUAAUUCAAGACAAGGAAAACACAUUCAUACGUUUUUGUGUAAACUUGGAAUUCUUAUUUAUCGGAUCCAUAAUAGUCAAAAUGGUCUUGCGAGUGUCGUAUGUUUUGGUGGUUCUAACCAUUCUUUCCAUGGAUCAUAGGAUCUCUCAAGCCACAUCCCGUGUUGCCUUUCAGAAGCUAUCCAUUGCUGAUUACUUCGAACAAUGGAUGAUCCAGUUCUCUCGAGUUUACGUCAAUUCACUCGAGAAACAGAUGAGGCUGGAAGUGUUCGAGAAAAACUUGGAAUACAUUGAGAACUUCAAUACUAAGGAGAAUAAAAGCUACAAACUUGGUGUCGACGAGUUCACGGAUCAAACUGACGAGGAGUUCCUAGCCACCCACACCGGUCUCAGUGGCAUUAGUGCAAUUUCAUCAUCCGAAGUGGUUGAUGAAUCGAUGUCAUCUUGGAAAUGGAACGUCAGUAAUAUCAUUGGAUUCUAUGCCACGAGCAAAGACUGGAGAUUGGAAGGAGCUGUAACACCUGUCAAAAACCAAAGAAGUUGUUUUGGUUGUUGGGCGUUCUCGGCGAUUGCAGCGGUGGAAGGUCUGACAAAGAUUUCCCAAGGAAAGCUCGUAUCACUGUCCGAACAGCAACUUCUAGAUUGUGACAAAGCUAACCACGGUUGCAAGGGAGGAUUAAUGGACAAAGCUUUCAACUACAUAGCACAAAAAGGAAUUACUGGAGAUGACGAUUACCCUUUCCUAGAGGAAGAUGGGAUUUGCCAGUUCGAGGAUGAACCCGUCAUUAAGAUCAGAGGUUACCAAUGCGUUCCACGCAACAACGAGCUUGCUUUGCGCGAGGCAGUAUCGAGACAGCCCGUCUCCGUUGGAGUGGCUUGGCAUUUGGACAGUAUCAUCCAUUACUCAAGCGGAGUGUACGAUGAGCCUUACUGUGGUAUCAACAUGAACCAUGCGGUGACUAUUGUAGGGUACGGGACGAGCCCUGAAGGGAAAGAUUAUUGGCUGGCUAAGAACUCUUGGGGUGCGAGUUGGGGAGAGAAUGGUUACGUUAGACUCCGUAGAGAUGUGGAGUGGCGUGAAGGCAUGUGUGGUCUGGCUCAGUAUGCUUGUUAUCCGGUUGUUUGACUAGCUUGUUCGAUGAUAUGAUAAACUGAAAUGAUCAAACAUUAUGUAGUUUGGUCUAUUUUAUGAUUUAUUUAAAUGUGGUCUUAAACUAUAUCGCAAAUUACGGUUGACCAUAAGCUUUAUAAUGCUCAUAUUAUUGCUCAAUAUAAUAAAAGCAACAAUUAGUUGUCACCCCAUCCCUUCGAAAUGUAUUUUGAAAAUUUUCUAUACAUACUUUU